AGGUAUUUACAAAGUCAGUGGCAUUCGGCUCCCUCCAGUCCAAGUGAGCCAGGAACGGUGACGGGGAAGAGAAGGGGCUGCCCGGCUGAACAGAGCUGUUGCAGUGAAAUUCUCCUGAUUUAUCCUGCGACUGCGACCAUGCAGCUGACUGCGACCAUGCAGCUGACUGCGCUCCUGCUCCUGGCUGCCUGGGCGCAGCUGGCUCACUGCCAGCGGCAGGACCCGUUCUACUGGCUGUCGGCUCUGCGCAGCCGGGGGUAUGCGCACGGCUCCCUGCAGGCCGACACCACCGGGGGGGAUUGCCCCGCGGAGUGCGACUGCCCCCCAACCUUCCCCGUCGCCAUGUACUGCGACAGCCGCAACAUCCAGCAGGUCCCUUACAUCCCGUCCCGUAUGAAGUACCUCUACCUGCAGCACAACCACAUCAGCGCUCUCCCCGAUGGGGCCUUCGAUAACGCCACCGGGCUCAUCUGGAUCAUGAUGCACGAGAACAGCCUCAGCUCCGACAAGGUCGGCAAGAAGGUGUUCGCCAAGCUGAAGGACCUGGACCGGCUCUACCUGUACCACAACGACCUGUCCCGUGUGCCCGCACAGCUGCCCAGGUCGCUUCGGGACCUGCGACUGAACCACAACCGAAUAUCCAAGGUGCAGCCCAACUCCUUCGACGGGAUGGCCAACCUGAGCGUGCUCCUCCUCAACGACAACGGCAUCCAGGAUGUGGGCGGGGCUCUGAAGGGUCUGCAGUCGCUGACGCUGCUGGACGUCAGCAAUAACAGGCUGAAGAAGGUUCCGGACCUCCUGCCGGAGAUGCUGCACCAGCUCUACCUGGAGUCCAACAGCAUCGACGCGCUGCCCACCGGCUUCCUGGAUAAGUUCGUCAAGCUGCAGUACGUGCGCAUAGCCCACAACCUGCUGACGGAUGGCGGGAUCCCCCCAAACACUUUCAACAACAGCGGCCUGGUGGAGCUGGACCUGUCCUACAACAAGCUGGAGAGGAUUCCCCCAGUCAGCACCAACCUGGAGCACCUCUACCUGCAGGCCAAUCACAUCAAAGAGUUCACGUUGGGCAGCCUGUGCAGUGUGGUGGACAUGGUGCACUUCUCGCACCUGAAGGUGCUGAGGCUGGACGGGAACGAGAUCAGCCGGGAAGACCUGCCAACCGAAGCGGCUCUCUGUCUCCGCCUCGCAGCCACCAUCGAGAUGUAGUCGCGCCAAGCCACCAGCAGAGGGCGCACAAGGAAUUCCUGCUUCUGUGACUCAGCAUUCGAGACCGCAGAGACCAUCUGACUUUCACAGAAGUUAAGAGUAACAAAAAAAAAAAAAGGCAGAAAAAGAAACAAAGGCUUUGAUAACAGUACUUUUAGUCAAGAGAAAAUCCCAGUGGGUUGUUUUCUGUCCCUUAAAUAAGGAUCAUUAAGUUCUUUCUUUGGGGUAUAAAUUGUGUCUGUUUUUUCUAUGGAUUUCUAUUAGGAAAUGAGGUGUGAAUUUAUCCAGCCCCAGUCUAAUGUUCAGUGAAUAACUGCUCUGUGACCCCCAGCUCAGCUCAGCCCAGCCCAGCCCAGCUCAGCCCAGCCCAGCCCAGCCUAGCUCAGCUCAACCCAGCCCAGCCCACCCCAGUCCAGCUCAGCCCAGCCUAGCUCAGCCCAACUCAGCCCAGCCCAUCCCAGCUCAGCCCAGCCUAGCCCAGACCAGCCCAGCUCAGCCCAGCCCAGUUCAGCUCAGCUCAGCCCAGCUCAGCCCAGCCCAGCUCAGCUCAACCCAGCCCAGCCCACCCCAGCUCAACCCAGCUCAGCUCAGCUCAGCUCAGCACAGCUCAGCUCAGCACAGCUCAGCUCAGCUCAGCCCAGCUCAGCGUGUUUCCCACUUUUCUCUGGAGUUGCUGUGGCUCCAGCAGCAGGUUAAUUUGCUCUCUCUCACUGGCAUCAGUAAAAGGCCAGGUGGGGCUGGACACAGGGCUGUAGAUAUAACUCACUGCCCACCAGCAGCGUAUAGUAAUCACUAAAGCUCCUUCUGCUUUACACAGUAUGAAUAUGUCAGCUCAGGACUAGCAGGUGAACAAUGCUGUGAGUAUUUAUUCAGAAUGGACCCAGGAGAACUGGUCCAAUAACACGUCUGGGUAUGCGUGAGGUUGACUGCCGUGUAAAACUCAAUGUCAUUAGCCUUACUUACCUAUUAAUGGAGUACCCAGGAGAGUGUGGGGAAAGCCAGGGAGCAGUCUUGUGUUUCUGAAGCAUGUUAUGGAGGGCCUUGCUUGUGUUUCUGAAGCAUGUUAUAUAGGGCCUUGCUUGUGUUUCUGAAGCAUGUUAUAUAGGGCCUUGCUUGUGUUUCUGAAGCAUGUUAUAUAGGGCCUUGCUUGUGUUUCUGAAGCGUGUUAUAUAGGGCCUCGCUUGUGUUUCUGAAGCAUGUUAUAUAGGGCCUUGCUUGUGUUUCUGAAGCAUGUUAUAUAGGGCCUUGCUUGUGUUUCUGAAGCAUGUUAUAUAGGGCCUUGCUAUUCUGUAAAGUGUGUAAUUAUAACCUCUUUGUGAGACAGUACUUCCCCGAUGUGUUCUUCAACUCUAGAGGAAAUAAGUCAGGCUGUGACUGCACUGUGCUGCAAAAGCCAAUGAUGAAUACAUAUCUACUGCAUGCUACAGUAUUACCCACAAUGCCUUAGGAUUUGGGUAGAGAUUUAGGGAAUAAACUAUAGGCUACUUUUUAUGAUUCUUUUGAUAAAAAUAAAUAUUUUGAUAAGAAAAUGAA